AAGUGGAAACAUUAAGCUGACAGACUUGAACACUUAUAAAUACAAUUUGUUUACAUUGAAUCUUUUUCUAAAAUUAACAAUAAAGUGUAUUAAUUAUUUUGUUUUGUGAAAAAAAUAUGAACUCUUUUAAAGAUUUAACAUCAGAUUCAUUGGAGUCUCUAAAUGAUGGAGAUUUAAGAAAAGCUUGUCAAGUGGUUUUACAGAGAGACAUUGGUCCCAUCACUGAUUCCACUCGUGAAUUGUACAGAUUAGCAGUUAAAAGAGCGUUAAUUGGUCAUCCUAUUGCAUUCGAAUCCAUUACUGAAAAUAAUCCUGAGGUAUCUUUUGAUGAUGAGCAAGAAGGAACCAAAGCAGAGGAAUCAGUGUUUUAUAUGAAAGAUCCACGCACUAGUAUUUCUCCCAAUCGACUGGUACCGAGUCCAUCUCCGGGAACUGCUGGUGAUGGUCCUUUUUAUGUUAUAAGGACUCCGAGUAAAAAUAUUGGCAGACAUUCAAGUUUAGGAAAAAGAUCUUCAAGUGAAAGUGAGGGAAGUUACAGUCCUCGUGAUGAGAAAAGACGUGCCACUCAUAUUGAUCAAGAAAAACUCGCGAACAAGAAUAAUUUCCUUCGUAAUACUAUGAUUGUAGGCAUUGGUGCUGUUUUAAUUGGUCUAAUACUUGCCGCUCUUCUGAGCGAAUAAUUGUUUUGAAAUUUCAUCACCCGAUAACUUUCUUGUCCAGAAGUGUUCCAGAUUUGGGCUUUAAUAUCGUUUUAUUGUCAACCUGAAUACUUCGAGUGGCAAAUUCAACACCAAUGGUUAAUUUACUUUCUAAAUUAAACUCAUUUCGAGUGAAACGAGAGAGAAGGUUACUUUUACCAACACCAGAGUCACCAAUCAAGACAACUGAACAUCCGUUACCAAAUUAAUAAAUCAUUUUUUAUACCAACAAUAAAAAUCAUCAUGACCAAUUCAAAUUAAUCAGUUUAAAGUGUGAUUAAUGGAUAAAAGAAACAAUAAAAAGAUACAAUUAGUAUUUUCAUCGAGUAAA